UGGGGAAAUUUUACAAUAAUUAUCGUUUGUAAGCCGUUCUGGAAUAGUUAACUGUCACUAUCGAUAGUGUGAGCGGCCACAACAUAUUUCAGACCUGUGCGUAAUAGUAGAGGCCUUCAACCAGUGCAGUUGUUUCGUCUUUAGAAUCAUACGGUAUUGAGGUACAUUAUCAACAGGAUAUGUAGGCCUCUGAGACAUCAAUAACUUUCAAGAUGCGCUUCAUUUAUGUGUACUUUCUGCUUAAGGAAAUAUCAUUAUUCCGAUCGUCUGAAGCUGAUUGCUCGUACCAGAACGUAACUAAAUCGGUUGACAACUGUCCAAUACUACCAGGUGACAUUUAUAUUGGCGGUCUUGUUAACAUCCAUCGCGUUUCAAAGGUAACAGACGAUAGCCUGACAGAGGGACCAAUCCAAGAAGAAUGUUCGAAUCCAUUCGAUCACGGCAUGUUUACUUCCCUUUCAAUAAUAUACGCGAUUGAAGAAAUCAACGCGGGUAAAUUUCUAGAUCUGACAAAUGUAACUCUUGGUUACAUGUUGACGGAUGGUUGUCGUUCAAGAAGUGUUGCUCUUCGAGGAGCAGCGGACAUAUCGUCUGGGGCCUGUGGCAUUGAGGAAGCACCAGUGGCCGUCAUAGCUGAUACGUUUUCAGCUUCCAUAGGCCCAGUUGCUAACUAUUUUCAGCUUACCAACACACCAGUUAUUGCCGUCUGGGCUACGAGUGUUGAAUUCACUGACAAGAAUCUUUACCCAACUUUUUUCCGAACUGUGCCGAAUGAUGAUAAUCAAGCCGAAGCAUUGGUGCACAUCGUUAAGAGCUUCGGUUGGACGUGGGUAGGUGCCUUAGCAACCGACGAAAACUAUGGCCGCCUGGGAAUUGAACAUUUCAAAGAAGUGGCUAAGCUAUAUGGUAUAUGCAUAUCUUUCGAAAUGUACCUUCCAACAGUGAUCGAUUCAAAAGGCAUAAAUGACACGGUUGAUUUACUGAUGACACAUUCUGACGUUAAAGUUAUAAUUACUUUUAUAAAUAGUGGAUAUGAAGUGGCAAAGAUAUUUGAAGAAUGUGACAGAAGAAAAAUCAAUACGAGAGUUUGGAUUGGAACCGAUGUAUGGAUUAUUUCGAGGAUAUUUGCAUCAAACAAAUAUUACAAAGUUAUCGAUGCAGCGAUCGGCACUUCUAUCGAAGAGGUUAGAAAUGACGAUUUUUGGAACUAUUUCUUGUCACGUACUCCAAAUAAUACCAACCUCGAUUCUUGGUUCAACAAAUUUUGGGAAAAAACGUUCUCAUGCAAUCUUUUUGAGAAUGGACCUGACAAAAACAAAAGUAGCAUUAAUCAAGAAUGUUGGUCACAUUCGCUAAACGAAAAGGCAGAUGAAUUCAAGACUUACAUCGAUUUUACCACGUACAACGCUGUAUAUGCUAUCGCCUAUGCUAUUUAUAAUAUCAUCAACUGCACUGACGGCCUAUUGAAGGAUGGGUUAUGUCCAGAUGUGAACGAUAUUCAACCGUGGCAACUUAUGCAAUAUCUCAGGAACGUUGAAUUUCAAGAUCAUAUUAAAAAUCGUCAAUUUAUGUUCGACGAAAACUACGAGGUACCAGCUCGCUACACGGUUUAUUGGUGGAAACGUACUACAAAGAACACCGUUAACAUCCAGAUUGUCGGUGAAUACGAUUCCUCGGCAACAUCUGGAGACUACUUGCAAAUUAACGAAUCUGCUAUUUUAUGGGAUAGUGGGAGAUCAGAAAAGGUUCCAAAGUCGUUUUGUAGUCAGCCAUGUCAACCAGGUACUCGGAAAAGACUCAACAAUGACAAACCGACGUGUUGUUUUGACUGUGUGCCUUGUGCUAACAAUAGAAUAUCAACGAUUGAAGAUCAAAACGAAUGUACUCAGUGUCCAGAAGACCAUUACUCCAAUGAUAACAACACCGAAUGCUUGAUGAAAGAAACUGCCGUACUGGCAUGGACAGAUACUGUUGUGAUUGCGUUUUUAGCCUGGUCCGGUGUUGGCUGUGCUCUCACGUUUGCCACUAUCCUUAUUUUUUACUUCAAAAAAGAAUGUGAAAUAGUAAAAUCGUCGUCGCGAGACCUGAGUCUGAUGCUACAAAUGGGAAUAUUAACUGGGUUUAUCUCUCCAAUUUUGUUCAUAACACCCCCGACAGAUAUAAUUUGCCAACUACGUAUCGCUGUUCCCAGCAUUUUAGCUUCUUUUAUUCUAGCUGUGUUUUUAAUCAAGAUAUAUAUGGUGAUCAAAAUAUUCAACCGAGGUAAAAAGGCCAAAUCCAUGGCAAAUUCAAAAAUCAGAUUAAAGAAAUUUCGCUUCCUACUUGUUUCUUUGAUAACCGGCCUUCAGGUAUCGUUAGUGGUUGCCGCUUUUAUCACUUUCCCUGUCGAGAUCCACCUGGACAACGUGUCGUCAAUGACCGAAACAAUAAUAGAGUGCAAGGCGACCAUCAGAACAUACAUAUAUAAUGAAUCGUUCAACUUGAUCCUAAUUAUCGUCUGCUUCGUAUUGGCAUUUCGUGCGCGAAAAACGCCACACAAUUAUCACGAGGCUCGGUUCAUUUCGGUCGUGAUGACCUUCUGGAUUAUUAUAUUCUUAGUAUCAAUACCAAUUCAUCUAUUUACUGUUGGUGAAUUAGAGCCAAUAAUCACAGUAAUGUUCAUCUUAAUUCUAAACACACUUAUUCUCAUCAUGCUUUUUCUGCCUAAGUGUUAUUUCUUGUUCGUAGCUUCGAAGAAUGAUCAUACCAACACAUCACAAAGAAUAAGCAAAAGCUUCACUGAUUCCUGUGCUACGCUUUCUAGUGCAAAACGGGAAUCUGGCAUCCAAGACUGUUCACCUCACGAUUUCAACACGAAUCUUUAAUUUAAUAUGUUAACUUUGUGUAUUUAUACAUUCCGUUACGCAUAAUGAAGAUUAUUAUAUUACCAAACCAAACUUAUACCAAAGGGCAUAGAAAUGCAGAAGUUCCGACGAAAUGAAUUAUGUUGAUUAUAUAUAUUAAUUAUGCUUAUGUUAAGCAAAUUCUAUGUUCAGUUGGUUAAUUUUGGUUAUGUCUGGUUUUCGCAGCAGGUGUUGAUUUUGCUUCUUUUAGUCCUGAACUAAAACCGAGACAGUGAUAUAGAAAGACAACAUUACAAUGAAAAUGUCAAAACAUACUGUAUUCGAGAUUAAAGUUUAAUAAUAAAAUUAUUUAUUAUUUAUAGACAUAUUUUAUAGAAGUAUUUUAUCAAAAAUUCGAAUUGGUAUUUUAAACUUAGAAAUAGAGAAAGGCAGAUUGAAUAAAGUUAGCAAAAAACUGCAAUAGAAAUAUGUAAAUUGCAUAAAAAAAGAAUUUCAUUUCACUUUAGUAUGUUUACAUUAUAACAGAGACGUAUUUAGAAGUCUUGAAGUGGGGGUGCUGAUUGGGGCGCGAAGGUAAAGUAGGGGGAGGGGUGGCUUGAUGACCAGUUGAGCUUGGGCGGUAAUUCGCAAAAUAAGGUGAUUGUAGGUGAUUUUUAACUACCGUACUUGACUGUGAUUUUUGGGGGCUACUGGGGGGGGGGAGUAAUAUUUUGAGAGGCGUGUGCCCCCUGCGCACCUUCUAGAUACGCCACUGCAUUAUAAUGACAUUAAAAAAAACUUAAUUCCAUCUUUUUUUAUGUAAAAAUUAUGGUUUAAUUCUAUCGAUUAAUGUUAUCAAAUGAUUGUAAUAGUUUAUAUACUGUAAUGACAAAAAUAUCAAAUAUCUUUAUUUGGCUUUUAUAUAAGAUAUGAUUUACUUUCUUCCGUUCUCUAAAUGUCAUUUUGUUAUGUAAAUGGGCCAAAUGCCUAAAAUACAAGUAAAUUUCCUAGAUCAUGGGGUCUAGGAACGAACGAACGUUAGAUUUGGAACACAAUUCCUAUCUAAAAAAUUAUUAUCACAAACUAGAUGGCGUCCUUCAAAGUGGUAGCACUUUCUUAACGUUUCAUUGCGUGCAUACAAAAUUAAGGCAGUCAGAACUCUUGCACUUCUUUACUUUUGGAUUAUACUUUUUCUUAAGCAAAUAUUAAGUGGUUUUAACAUGGUCUUAAGGCGCAGUGCCUACUUUUAAUCUCAGGGUUUUUGGUUCAAAUCCUAGAAACACCAUAUACUAGCUAAGCCUCAUAUUAAAACUAACUUUAUAAAUAAGAGUUUUUCUUACCACAGAAGUUGCGAAUCACUCGCUGUUGGAUUCGGAAAUAAUGAAAUACCGUAGUUAGGAAUAUUUUGAUGAGAAGUAUAUAGUUUAUUAUAUAUUAUACGAAGCUGCAAUAAUAUUAGUAAUUUCAUUCAGUAGUGUGUAUGUAACGUCAACAUCUAGCAUCUGCAAGGGGCCCGCCUUGGGUUACAAGUAUUUAUUUUAUGCUACAUAUUCUUUUAUUCAACUUUUAUUUAUCUCUCCCUGCUUCCGAAUGAGACUCCAUUCUGCAGUAGAAACUCGCGCCGAAGCCCUCGAUUCGGCAUCGAAGACCGCCAAAUAACCACCUCACUAUACAUUAAACCCACCGAAAAUCACACCUAUUUAAACUACAAUAGCGCUCAUCCUAAGAGUCUAAAAAAUUCUAUAGCUUACAGUCAGGCACUUAGGAUCAAACGUAUAUGCUCCACCACAGAUGAA